AUCAAUAUCAGCUGAUCAUUUUGUUAAUGUUCAUUCAUCACCUGAAGUUAUGAUUCAUUUCAGUCAUUCAUAUAAAAAUGAAAUCGUACCAUUCAAUCUUGAUUCGUUAUAUGUCUUCAAAAAGCUGGAUGGAACGACAUGUACGCGAUACAUUUGUUAAACAAUCUCGUUAUCAAAAUUAUCGUUCACGAGCAGCAUUUAAAUUGAUCGAAAUGAAUGAUCGUUACAGAUUAUUGAAACCUGGAAUGAUUGUAAUAGAAUGUGGUGCAGCACCAGGAUCAUGGACUCAAGUUAUAGUCGAAUGUUUACGUAUUAAUCCACCAGAAUGCUAUAAAACUGGUGCUGUCAUAGCUUUGGAUAAAGCAGAUUUUGCUCCUAUACCUGGUGCUAUCUGUUUGCCGAAGACUGAUUUUACUAGUCAUAUAAGUCAAGCAAACAUUUUAUCCGCAUUAAGUGAUCGGAAAGCUGAUCUUAUAUUAAGUGAUAUGUCACCCAAUGUCAGUGGUCAACAUGAUUAUGAUCAUGAACGUAUUAUGCAAUUAGUCUAUUCGACAAUAAGAUUUUCAUCGAUUUGUCUCAAAGAUCAAGGUAAUUUUCUAGCGAAAAUUUUCAAUGGAAAUCAAACUGAAAAAUUAAUUGAAGAUUUGAGCAAAAUGUUUCAAAAAGUGCGUCAAGUUAAACCCGAAGCUAGCCGCGCAGAUUCUACGGAAUUAUACGUUUUAGCCACUGGAUUUAAAGGUCGUGAAAAUCAAAUUUUAUGAUUGUUUGUCGGAAUAAAACAAUUUUAUUGUAUACAAUUGGAUGCAACAAAUAACGACAUAAAUGGAAUUAACAAUCAAUUUGUAUCAUUC